AUGUGUGUUGCUGAAAACUACUUUGCAAAUACAACAUUUAUUGUAAUAUUCCGAGGAAAAGGUAGCCCAUAUCCAGUGUCAGGUAUUAAAUUAUCCCCAUCCCAUAAUACUAUAAAUGUGACUUGGAUCCCUGGAUUCAAUGGAGGCGAAUCACAGUCAUUUUAUAUUGAAUAUUGGGUAUCAUCAGAUGGAGAAAAACAAUUGACAGAGAAAACAACAAGCAACAAACUAACAAUUGAUGGAUUGCUACCAUCGACAGAAUAUAAUAUUAUUGUCAUCAGUAAAAAUAUAAUUGGAGAAAGUAGAAGUCAAACACAGUUGAUUAUUACUGAAGACGACGCUGUUUUAGAUGAUAGAAGAUACGAAAAUGUGGCUUUAGAUUACUCAGGAAUUGAAAAUAAGUUUGAAUCUGAUAAGAAUGCAGACGUAGCUUAUGAAUCUAUUGAGAAAAUCAGUUCCACUAAAAAUGAAGUAAAAGAAGAGGAAUAUGCUAAACUUACAUUUGACAAGAAUGAAGUUGUUUAUAUGAAAUCAGGACACAAGACAAUAGAAUUUCCAAGAGAUCGUGUUUGUAUCAAAAGUAUUAUUUCGAUUGGGAAGUCGUAUGCAAUCAGUAAAGCAGAAGCAUGGAAUAUUGAUGGUGUCCCUGGAAAUUCUAAUGUAGUGAUUAAGAAGAGUAGUAACGGUGAUCCUCUGGUAGAAAAUGAAAUUGUGAAGGAAAUAGAAAUAUUGCAAUCAACACGUGGGCAUAGUAAUAUAAUUCGAAUACUUGGGUGUUGUACAGAAAACGGUCCCAGUUUCAUAAUACUUGAUCAUUUAAAUGUCGACUUGAAGACAUUUCUCCAAACGCAGCACACACAUGAAGUCAUGAAAGCCCCGUAUAAAGACAUGUUUUUAUUCGUAAUGGAUAUCGCCAAUGGAAUGGAGUAUCUGUCUAGCUUAAAGAUAAUGCAUCGAUAUUUGACUGCUGGGCAUGUGUUGAUUAGUGAUGACAAGAAGUGUAAAAUUUCUAAUUUUGGUUAUGCUAGUGACGUAAUAGAUGACGCACGUUUCUUCGAGAAAACAAAGGGUAAUUAUCCGUAUCAAUGGAUGUCCGUUGAAACGCUGUUAAACAGACGAUUUACUCCUAAGAGUGAUGUAUGGUCAUUUGGUAUUGUAAUAUGGGAAAUUAUAACUCAAGGAUCAACACCUUAUCACGGUACAACAGAGAAAGAUGUAAAAGUGAUGGUAACUAAUGGAAAAUUGUUACCAAAACCAACUCAUUGUCGCGCUGCUACGUAUCAACUGAUGAAAUCGUGUUGGAAUCGUCAUCCUCGAGAUCGACCGACAUUCACCAAAUUGGUCAAGUCAUUAAGGUCACUGCUGAACGAUAGCAAGAUAAUGCAUCGAUAUUUGACUGCUGGGCAUGUGUUGAUUAGUGAUGACAAGAAGUGUAAAAUUUCUAAUUUUGGUUAUGCUAGUGACGUAAUAGAUGACGUACGGUUCUUCGAGAAAACAAAGGGUAAUUUUCCGUAUCAAUGGAUGUCCGUUGAAACGCUGUUAAACAGACGAUUUACUCCCAAGAGUGAUGUAUGGUCAUUUGGAAUUGUAAUAUGGGAAAUUAUAACUCAAGGAUCAACACCUUAUCACGGUACAAAAGAAGAAGAUGUAAAAGUGAUGGUAACUAAUGGGAAAGUAUUACCAAAACCAACUCAUUGUAGCGCUGCUAUGUAUCAACUGAUGAAAUCGUGUUGGACUCGUCAUCCUCGAGAUCGGCCGACAUUCACCAAAUUGGUUAAGUCAAUAAGGUCACUGCUGAAUGAAAGCAAGGAACCCGAUAACUCGUUUAAUGUGAAUGUGUCUCCAUAUGCAAAUAUAUGA